AUGAACGAUAUAUAUGUUGGAAAGAAUGGAGUUGUUCGCUCUAAACCAAGACUAAAGUAUAAAGGUCCCCUUAAGGACAUCCCGCCUAUCGAAUCAUCAGUUGAGCGCAGGCCAAUGGUUUUUUGCUGCAUUAAAGAAGCCCCUCCUACUCCGCCUAAUGGUUCCCUUGCUGAACGCUUUCUCCCCCAUAAUACCUAUCGCACCACUGAUCUGGAGAUGAAGAUCAUUUAUCGAGGACCGAUGUACCUGCUUAAGCGCACCGUUUAUUAUCAAGAUAUUCCCAUAGCUGUUCUUGAUGUUUUAGAUAUUAGAAACACUUUCAUCUGGGUUGAAACCUUUUAUGCCAAACGAGUGCGCCAUGGCUGGACUGAAAAAGAAACCCGAAUUGCCUUUAAAGCAGCUGUAGCCACGGAUAUUUAUGAGAAGGUUGUCAAGGGCACUAAGGAUUUAACUGUUGCUAUUGAUCGCAUUUAUGAUGUUGUUUAUACACCUGAGAAUCUUCAGAGUCUUUACAAUCGCAUUCUUACUCUUUCAUCAGCAGAGUUUGGGACCCUUUUCCAGUACAAGGAAGAGUUGGAACUGCUAGUUAGGUCUUAUUUUACGCGACUUAAUCUUCAUUCUGAAUUAAUGAAGCAGUUCAUUCGCGAAAGGUUUUGGAAUGGGAUUUCAACUAGUAUUAAGAUACAAGUCCCGGACCUUUCCCCGCAAAUGUCACCUGCCGAGAUUAUCUUAGCUGUUUACGUUUAUUGCACCACGCCUAAGAACAGUGCUCUUCUGAACUUUAACGAACUCCGAGAAAAUGCGAAUGGCCAACCUCGCACUGAUUCUAAUACAGACGAGGCGGCUGGUGCUGCUCCUGCUGAUACUCCUGCGCCAACCCCAACCCCAUCACCGCCUGCUGCCCGGCCCCGUCCUAAUACCAACAUAAAUUUCAACUUCAAUCCUAAUCCGAGCUAUACUGGUACAACUAUUCCACCCGAUGCCUUAGCCAGUAUUCUAACAGUUCGGGCCGGUAGUUUACUUGCAGCUGGAUCGUGCCUUCUAGGCCGCGCUCUAUUAGGUGAUGUCCACUCUGGCUCUAGAAGACUUCCUGCUCCGUUUGAUUUGCCUCUAACAUCACUGCCGCCUUAUCUCUUCCGGAGUCGCAGUCGGCUUAAGAAUCUAGUUCAAGCUAUGGAGCGUCGCGUUGACAUUCCACAAGACUGUCUUCUAGCCCGGCCUAAGGAAUCCAUCCCGUUUGUUAUUGAUGUUCUGCGCAUUGCCAACUGUUUAGGCGGUAUUCUUUAUCAGGACAACAUUCCCAUCUCUUUCUUCUUUGGUGUCUUAACCACUAAAGAAACCCAGUAUACCAAAACAGAAAAGGGUCUCUUAGCCAUUGACUUAGCCAAUCGAAACUUUCACUGGAUCACCCACGGCUGCCCCGUUUACAUCUUUUCUAACCGCUACCGCUCCUUCUCCAUUCCCGUUGUUUAA